CCUUUUUCUUUUCUUGACCUAAUAUUAAAUUAUGGUUCAAACAUUACCAGUAUUACCUUUUGAUUGUAUUUAUAAUAUUUUAAAGGAACUUCAUCACAUUCAUAAAGGUUCAUUAUUUAAUUGGCUUUUUCUUAAUCGUUUAUGGUGUGAACAAACAGUUCCAUUCAUUUGGAAAAAUCCUUUGUUGAUCUCGCACAAAUGUUCAUUUAAAAAUAGAGUAUUAUUCAUAAAAACUUUACUCUUAUUUUUUGAUCAUAUUGAAUUAUCAAAAUUAAAAGGACUUAAUAUUGAUUUAAAACAACAAGAAAAUCAAAGACCUUUAUUUAAUUAUGUAGAAUAUUUUGAGGAGAUACCUUUUUUAAGUAGUUGUAUUAGAAGUUGGUUAUUCGAAUAUUUUAAAUUGGAUGAAAAAAAUCGUUCAGGAUCUGUGGGAUUUUUUGAACAUAAGAUACAACCGAUUGAAUCUUUAAUUAAACAUAUGAUAUUAAGACGUUCAAAGAGGUUAAAAACUAUUUGUCCAAUUCAAAAUGAAUAUUAUAUUGAAUUAUUUGAUAAAGAAUUUUUUGAUUUUAAUUUAUUUAGAUUAAAGAAUACUUUACAAACAUUUAAAAUGACAAUAUAUCCUAAAACUUCUAAUAAUAUACUUAUCUUAUCUCAAUCAAUUAUAGAUAAAAAUAUUCAUCUCUUUGAAAAUUUUAUUAUCGAUUUUUAUGAGAAACAAGAUUUUUCCCUAUCAAUCCCUUUAUUAGGUAACAUUAUUAAAAAUCAAAGGUGUGUGAAAUCUCUUGAAUUAACAGGUCAAUUAUAUAACAAACAUUUAGAAUAUAUACCAAUCUUUUUAUCCUUAAAUUCUCAUCAAACAAAUUUAAUUUCACUAAAAUUUUAUUAUAUCAAAUUUACAAAUAUUUCUUUAAAUAUAUUAAUGAAAUGUGUUACAUUAAAAGAUCUUUUAAUUAGUGAUUGUGAUGGUAUUUCUUUAGAAAAUAUUAAUUUAUUUUCUAAUGUUUCAUUUAAAUUGAAUAAUUUAUCAAUCUUUAAUCAAUCAAAUUUAUC